AUGUCCGUCGCGGCCGCGGCCGCCUCCCUCGUCGCCUCCUCUUCGCUCUCCGAGAAAUCCUCCUCUGCGUUUACUGAGGAGGAAGCCAGGAAGUUCGGGCUCAACGGGAGCGCGAGCAGGCUCGGGUACGACGAUGCCGCGGUGGAGGCGUACCUCGGGUCCAACGGCAACGGAAACAGCAACAGCAACAGGAGUGCGAGUGGGAGUGGGAACGGCGCGAGCGUGAAGCCCGUGCCAUCCGGGUCUGGCACUUCUGUGGUAUCCGGCCGUGGGCCGGGUGAGGAUGAGAGGAGGAAGGAGAGAGUGGAGGAGAUAGGCAGGGAGGACGCAUGGUUUAAGCGAAGCGACGGAGAGGCCAUGCCCAAGGUGUCUGUUGUUCCUGGUGGUCGUUGGAAUCGGUUUAAAACCUAUUCAACGAUUCAAAGAACCUUGGAGAUAUGGGGCUCUGUCUUCGCAUUUAUAUUCAAGGUUUGGCUCAACAACCAGAAGUUCACUUAUCGAGGGGGGAUGACGGAAGAGAAAAGGGUAAUGAGGAGGAAAGUUCUUGCCAAGUGGCUCAAGGAGAGUAUUUUGAGAUUAGGCCCCACAUUUAUUAAAAUAGGACAGCAAUUCUCCACCAGGGUGGAUAUUCUUCCAAAAGAAUAUGUGGAUCAAUUAUCUGAAUUGCAGGAUCAGGUCCCUCCAUUCCCUUCAGAGACAGCUGUGUCAACUAUUGAAGAAGAGCUGGGAGCAUCUGUAAAUGAGAUAUUUGAACGAUUUGACGUUGAACCAUUAGCUGCUGCUAGCCUCGGCCAGGUUCAUCGGGCAAGCCUAAAUGGCCAAGAAGUUGUACUCAAGGUGCAAAGGCCUGGUCUGAAAGAGCUGUUUGAUAUUGAUCUGAAGAAUUUAAGGGCAAGUCUCUUAAAAGUAAUAGCAGAAUACCUUCAGAAAGUGGAUCCCAAGUCAGAUGGUGCCAAGAGAGACUGGGUUGCUAUUUAUGAUGAAUGUGCAAAUGUAUUAUAUCAGGAAAUAGACUAUACCAAAGAAGCAUUUAAUGCUGAAAAGUUUGCUGAAAACUUCAAAAAUAUGGAUUAUGUGAAGGUUCCAGAAAUUUACUGGGAGUAUACUACACCUCAGGUUCUAACAAUGGAGUAUGUCCCAGGAAUCAAAAUAAAUAGGAUACAGCAGAUAGAUAAGUUAGGGCUUGAUCGGAAAAGGUUAGGCCGGUAUGCUGUUGAGUCCUACCUUGAGCAGAUUUUAUCGCAUGGAUUUUUCCACGCCGACCCGCAUCCAGGGAACAUUGCUGUUGAUGAUGCCAAUGGUGGGAGGCUUAUCUUCUAUGACUUUGGGAUGAUGGGAAGUAUUAGCCCAAAUAUCCGCGAAGGACUGCUUGAAGUAUUUUAUGGAGUUUAUGAAAAAGAUCCUGAUAAAGUGCUUCAAGCAAUGGUUCAAAUGGGUGUCCUUGUUCCUACUGGAGAUAUGACAGCCGUCAGAAGAACAGCUCAAUUUUUCCUGGAUAGCUUUGAAGAGCGUCUAGCUGCACAAAGGAAAGAGAGAGAGAUGGCAACCGUGGAACCUGGAUUUAAAAAACAAUUAUCUAAGGAGGAAAAGUUUGAAAAGAAGAAGCAGAGACUUGCAGCUAUCGGAGAGGAUCUUUUGGCAAUUGCUGCUGAUCAACCAUUUCGGUUUCCUGCCACCUUUACAUUUGUGGUCAGAGCAUUCUCAGUACUGGAUGGUAUUGGGAAAGGUUUAGAUCCUAGAUUUGAUAUUACAGAGAUUGCUAAGCCUUAUGCCAUGGAGUUGCUCAGAUUUAAUGAAGCUGGUGUUGAAGAUGCAAGGAAGCGAUGGGACAGGCAAUCUCGUGCAUUCUACAAUGUGUUCCGUCAACCUGACAGAGUUGAAAAACUUGCACAGAUUAUUGAGCGUUUGGAGCAAGGUGAUCUCAAGCUUCGUGUCAGAGCAUUAGAAUCAGAAAGAUCGUUUCAAAGAGUUGCCGCUGUACAGAAAACAAUUGGAUAUGGAGUGGCUGCCGGGAGUUUGGUAAACCUCGCUACCAUUCUGCACCUCAAUUCGAUCCGGAUGCCAGCAACCAUCGGAUACUGUCUUUGUGCGUUCUUUGGGCUACAAAUCCUGCUUGGCGUUCUCAAGCUGAGUGAAGGGCUGUGGAGUCCACGUGUCUUUUCUAAUGGCAAAAGCGCUCGCCGGCCAACACUGACCCUAGUCGCCAUGGGUGGCUUCUUCGACAAGGGAAAGCCUGGGCCGGCUUGUCGCACGGUCGUGCCAAGAAAGGAGGGCUCACCGGCCACAGGACCGGUUAUACAUUUCCGUGCACCGGGCGCAGUACCACUGCCGUGGCCGAAUGUCAACCUCCCGCACAAUUGGCAUCUCGACCCCCACCACAUCCCGGAGUGGGUGCGUGCAGAGGAGAUCCGCAAACGGCAUGUCAUCCUCACGCUGGAGCAGCGCACCGACUCGGCGUACGCGACAGUUAGUCCUAACUGA